AUGCCAGUUACCCCUUCAAUCCUGCCCCAUCAACCUGCUCUCAUAUACCAGAGUUACCCCUUCAAUCCUGCCCCAUCAACUUGUUCUAUUAUCCCAGUUACCUUCAAUCCUGCCCCAUCAACCUGCUCUAAUAUCAUCACUCACAUCUACCUUUCCAUCUCAGGUGGAGCGGGAUGCUGCUUACAGAUCACUGGCAUUAAAGCUCCUAGACUCGUCCUCACUGGGGAGCGUGUCCACCUGUCGUGCUCCUUCAGACUUGAUGGCGACACACUCUACUCUCUCACCUGGUGGAAAGACGACAAGAUCUUCUACAGAUUUAUUCCCAAGAGCAGCCCACCAGGUGCUGUCUUCCCUCUACCUGGCAUCACUGUUGAUGAGAGAAUCUCCAGCCUACAUCAGGUGACACUAUCACAGGUAGACCACCGCGCCUCGGGGAAGCUGCGCUGCGAAGUCCUGGGUGACUCGCCUAACUUUGAACAAGACACCAUGGACUCUAACAUCACCGUCAUAGCUAAGCCUGAGAGUGGGCCCAGCUUGACCGGGGUCCAGGGGCCCUAUACCGUGGGCCACUUACUACUAGUCAACUGUUCCUCACCCUUCUCGUACCCUCCCACUACCCUCACCUGGCACAUAAAUGGUCACCAGGUGAGUCUUGUUAAGAAAUAUGAGGUUGAAAAUUGUCAAAGCCUUGUUAGUGAUAUUUCUGAUAAGUCAGAGACAAAUGAUCAGUCUCCAGAUCAAAUAAUUUUUGACAUUAAUCAGUAUAAUUACACAAAUAUUGAAAACUGA